CAACUACAUAGUAAAGAAAUUGUAGAUUUAAGUCUUGGAGUAAGAGCGGCUACUAGAAGAGAAUAGAUGCUACAUCAUUUCCCCACUUGUUUGACGUUUCACAUAUAAAUAAAUAAAAUAAAGUAGUUAAGAAAUUAAAUUAAUGUACAAACCCGUAUGUAUCGGUAAUGUCACAUCAUAAUCGUACAAUAUUUACUAACUAUGUCUAUACCGGCUAGAAAUGAAAUGUGACAAAAACACAAAUUUCUUUGGUUGUGGUACAGGUUCAGAGCAAUAACAAGCUCAUACUACAGGGGAGCAUUGGGGGCACUAGUGGUAUACGACAUAUCACGGCGAGCAACAUUCGACAACGUGGACAAAUGGCUGGACGAGCUCCGAGGUUUCAGCAGCCCCGACAUGGUCAUCGUCCUCGUCGGAAACAAAUCCGACGUCGGCCGGCAGCUGAGAGAAGUCAGCGAGGAGGAAGGCAGGAGCCUGGCCGAGAUUCAAGGCCUUUCCUUCAUGGAGACCUCCGCCAGGGACAACGUCAACGUCGACUCCGCCUUCCUCGAGAUGAUCGCCAAGAUCCACCUCAGGAACACUUCCCACAAGACUUUGGACACCGGCGGCGGCAGCAGAGGAGCCUCCUCCGCCGCCGCGGUGGCCCCCGUCUCAUCUCUGCCGAUGGGGAGACAAAUAUUGAGUUUCGACGAUCAAGUGAACGACGACACCAAUAGUAAAAAGGGUAGUGGUAAUACCAGAAGAUGUUGUUCUUAAUUACUAGGAAAUCAUCCAUCGAGUAACCCUGUGUUACCGGCUGUAUGUACGUACACAAGACUCAAGAGGUUAGGAAAAGAAAAGGAAACGAUUAGUAUUCCUUUGUUUCUUAAUCAUAUGCUUGUGAUGAUGAGUCAGAGUUUGAAACGUUUCGUUGUUUUUUAUACCACUUUUGUAACUUGUUCUUUGGAGGUGGAAACUUUUAUAAUGUUGAUUUGAUUGCCUCUCAAUUUUUAAAUAUCAAGACAAUUGUUACUCGGAUUUACACCUCUCCAAAUAAUGUCUCGACUGGACG